UUUCAUCGAGAGGUCUCGGUAGACCCUUCUAUAGGCCCUUAAAGGGUUAAAAAGAUUCGUGCUUGGGAAUAUCAGGAAUCGAGGUCGCAGAGAGACAUCUAGUAUCGUUCAAUAUCGUAUCUGCACAUGACGACAUCGUAUCGCAAAGGUUAUAUUUUAGCCGUCUUAUCAUGAGAUAUUAAUAGUGUCAGUGACGUUUCCAAAGUAGUUCCAGAUAUAUUUGUAUUUUCUGGAUAACUUGACAGAUUUUCUAAGAACUUUCUAUAAAAUUUCAACAAAUUUGACAUUCGUGGAUAAUUUAAGGAGAAUAAUUAACGAAAUUUGUGAUGGAUUUCAAGAAAGUUACUCAUUGCAUUUUCGAUAUGGAUGGUUUGUUACUGGAUACAGAAACAUUGUACACAGUGGCAUACAAUCGUGUGACUCAAGAAUUUGGAAAAACAUAUACUUGGCAACAUAAGGCAAAAAUUAUGGGAUUUAAGAGCACUGAUGCUGUACAAACUAUAAUAGACAUAUUAGAACUACCAAUCAUGGUGCAAGAAUUUGAGGACAAGCUUACUACUUUGUACCAAGAACUAUUUCCUCAAUGUAAUCUUAUGCCAGGUGUGGAGAGACUCCUACGACAUCUCAAAGAAAACAAUAUACCUAUUGCACUAGCUACAAGUUCAAGUCAAGAAAGCAGUGACCUGAAGACCCAGAGAUGGAAGCAUAUAUUUGACUAUUUCGAUCAUAAGGUAUAUGGUGGUUCUGAUCCUGAAGUUCCGCAAGGAAAACCAAGUCCAGAUAUAUUUUUAAUUGCUGCAAGACGUUUCCCUGACAAUCCUGAUCCUUCAAAGUGCUUAGUCUUUGAAGAUUCACCAAAUGGAGUACAAGCUGCUAUCGCUGCUAAGAUGCAAGUGGUGAUGGUGCCAGACCCUCAACUUCCUAAACAACUCAUGAAAGAUGCUACACUGGUUUUAAAAAGCCUAGAAGACUUUAAACCAGAGAGCUUUGGAUUACCCCCAAUUAUAGCAUGAAAUUAUUCAACUUAAUUCAUGAAAAAAACAUUAGAUGAUUUAAAUACAACUUAAGGAAUGGAUGUAACUUAAGAAAAUUAUCAUACAAGCAAGGAAUAUAAAAUAGAAGCCUGCUGGCAGGUUCUCCUUAUUGCCAAGGAGAUCUGAUUGAUGUACAUAGAUUUAUUUCAGAAAAACCAUAAGAAUGUGUUACAUCUCGAGAUACAUAUUUUCAUACAUAGAUAAAAAGAAUUGUCACUGCCUGACA